UACUGGAGUAUAAACGCCCCGGAAAGUGUUUACGGCUGUGGCAAGUCUCGUCUGCUGUACAUGUGUGCUGAUGCGGCGUUGUGUUACCACCCUUUUCCUAUAGCACGUAUUACCUUGAAUCAGCUGCAACCCAAAAGACGAGAGAAGUUUUACAUUGAACUCUAGAAUGGAAGGAGUUGCAGAAGGCACAGAGGGCAUCAAUAAGACACAAGAUGAAUUGAAUGCAGAAGAGAGUAUGGAGGUGGAGAAUGGUGGACAGAAGGAAGAAGUGGACCAGGACCAAAAAGAAGGGAGCUUUGAGAAUGGUGAUGGGAACAAGAAGAAUACAGAGAAGGACAAGGACAAGACAGGAGAAGGUGAAGCUGAAGGAGAAGGAGAAGAUGAGGGCUCUGAUCCUUAUGCCUAUACAAGGAGGGAUGAGUUCACAUCAGAAAAUUUCAAAAUUGAAGUUCGUGGACUCCCUCGGUACUACCCUGUUGGGCAACUCAAGAAACUACUGAAUGAUACAUUGCAAUUAAAUGCUCAUAAGGUGAAGCCAGCUGGCCAGGGUAAGACAUGGGCAUAUGUCACCUUCAGGGAUGAGAAGGCAAGGCAGAAAGCACUUGUUGUUCUUGAUAAGUACAAGUGGAAGAAGUGCAUACUUACAUCUUCGAUUGCAAAGCCAGUGGAAGAUCCACUGAUAAAACAGCGGGAACAGUCAGACCAGAGGUCGAACUCAGUAUCCAAUGACAAGCUUACCAUCUUGGAGAAGGUUGUGAAGAGUGUCACACCCUAUGCACAUUUGUCUUAUGAUGACCAGUUGAAGGAGAAAGAGAAGAUAGCAAAGAAUGUGUUGCGCAAGUUUGGCUCUGAGCUGGGCAGAGUGAACCCAGAGCUGACUGAAUGGGUGACAUGGCACAAGCUGCGGCGCAAGGGCCAAGUUUGCGAGAUUGACCCCAUCAUCCCUUCGCCUGUUACUGAUGCAUACCGCAACAAAUGUGAAUUCACUAUUGGAAUCAAUCCUGAGACAGAGCAGCCUACAGUGGGUUUCCGUAUUGCCAGUUACCGUGAGGGAUCCAUGUGUGUGGCACCAAUAGAGCAUCUCUGUCACUUACCUGAUCCAAUGAAGAAGGUUGUGAAGGUAUUUGAAACUUUUGUGCGAAGUUCAUCAUAUAUGCCAUUUAGUCCACUUACACACGAUGGUGUUUGGCGACAGCUGACCGUCAGAACUACUCGUAAUAAGGACAUCAUGGUUGUAGUUGUGGUUCAUCCCCAACAAAUGAAUGAUGAAGAACUUGGUGCAAUCAAGAAGAGUAUUGUUGACCUGUUUCUUGAAGGUGCAGGAAAGCCUUUAGGAGUAACUUCAAUAUUCUUCCAAGCAUAUGGCCAGAAAGAGCGAGGAGUUGAAGAGAAGUAUGAACAUCUCUGGGGAGAACAGUUCAUCACAGAGACCAUCCUUGGGAAGAAGUUCCGUGUGUCACCUGAUGCUUUUUUGCAAGUAAAUACAGCUGCUGGGGAAGUACUGUAUGAGACCAUUGGCAAUGUGGCAGCCCUAGAUGGCACCUCAGUGUUACUUGAUGUUUGCUGUGGCACUGGAACGAUUGGUAUUUCCCUAGCUGAGCGGUGCUUGAAAGUAUAUGGAGUAGAACUGGUGAAGAAAGCCGCAGAGGAUGCAAGGUUUAAUGCUGAAAAUAAUGACAUCAAGAAUGUUGUUAUAUAUGAAGGGAAAGCUGAAGAUCAUGUGAAAACAAUGGUAGAAAAUUGUGAGCAAUAUGAUACCAUUGGUGUUGUAGACCCACCACGUGCAGGACUACAUGGGAAUGUGGUCUGUGGCCUUCGUCGCUGUGAGAACAUGAAACGCCUUGUGUAUGUGUCUUGUGAUCCAGCCAAUGCAUGCAAGAACUUUAUCAACUUGGCCAGAGGGAAGAGCAAACAGUACAAAGGCGACUUCUUCAUACCAAUAAGGGCAGUUCCCAUUGACCUCUUCCCACACACUCCUCACUUUGAGUUGGUUAUUCUCUUUGAGCGAUGGGAUGAGUUGAAGUGGCGACGCAUCAUGGAAGGUGAUCCCCUACCUCGUGAUGCUGAGUACUUCAAACGCAUUCCUUCUAUCCAUUAUGAUGCUAAAAAAGCUGAUAGGGAAGGGAAGCAGGUUCGUGACUCAAACACAGGCAUGGGCGUAUGGAAAGUUGUCUCAAAGGAUCGGGGUCCACCCAAUAAAGGACGCCCCUACUACAAGCCUCGCCACCACCCAUAUGGGCGAGACUACCCACAGGAUCAAGAUCGGCCGUAUUACCCAAACUAUAAGAGAGGAUCCUACCAAGACUUUGAGCCUGACUACUAUGGAAGGAAUUACCGCCAGUCGUACAACCAGGAUUAUCGCAGUGACUAUGGUCCCCCUGAAAGACAUGGUCCACCUCCUUCAAGAGCUGGACCUAUCCAGCCUCCUUCAAGAGCUGGACCUAUCCAGCCUCCUUCAAGAGCUGGACCUAUCCAGCCUCCUUCAAGAGCUGGACCUCAUCAACAUCCUUCAAGAGCAGGACUUGGUCAGCCUCCUUUCAGAGCUCCACUUACAGGUCCACCUCAUGGUCAUCGGCCUUCACCUCAGCCUGGUCCACAUAUUCCACCAUUUUCACAGCAUAGUUCAAGAUUCAGGCCAAAUUUUCAGGGUGAUUAUUACUAAUCUUAUUCAGCCAUUAUAUUUCUUAAUUUUUAUUGAUCAGGACCUGAAGGGUCUUACUGCUUGAUCAGUUUUAAUGAAGUGCAAACAAUUCUGGACUGUAAUUGGAAAUUUCAGUGCUAUGCACUUUUUAGACAAUAGGACGAAACAUUCUUAGCAAAGAGAUGUCUCAUAAAAUUCUUUUUAUACUGAAUUUUCCACUUUCCUUUGAAUAAUUUAUUUAGAAAACAUUUGAUGUCAUUUUUUAAUAAACAAAUUUCUUCAAGAAAUAAGUAUUAAAUCUGAAGACAGGAUGAAUGUGCCAUGACUGUAUGACAAAUGUAGUUUUGGUUCAUUACCAAAUAAUAUGAUUAAGAGGAAGUAUAUUUCCUGUGCUGGUACACACAGAAUACAUUUAAUGUAAAUUCUCAGUUGUACUUUUAUUUAGAUAAUUUCUCUUUCAUUACUGAAGACACUUGCAUAAGUUAUGGUAUGUAACAAUGACAUGGAUGAUAUUUUGGAUUACAAAUAUGAUCUGCAUUUU